AUGAGGACGAAGAAGAGCAGAAAUGAGGUGACUGAGAAUAUAUUAAGCUUCACACUGGAGAUCAUCUACCUGCUGAUUGGCGAGGAUUGCACAGUAGUAAAGAAGACAUCUGGUGAAUGUGUGACCGCUAACAGCCAUUCCUUUGUGUCAGGAAAAUGGAACAAGACUGAGAGCCCCAUCAUGGAGCCUCCACCUCACUCAUUGAUUCCUGGAAGAAAGAAUGUGGAGAAGAUCCUAGACCUCACCAACAAGAUUGUUCAGUUGCUAACUAGAGAGGUUGAAGAUCUUAUUGAUAUCAAGGUUGAGGUUAUAGAGGAAGAAGAGAUGUACGGAAGAGGUGAUCAGCAGUGUAAGAAAGAGGAGAUUCCUGUAUCUGUCAGCCCAACAUAUGACUGUACCAAGAGUUUGGAAGGACAAAUUCUUUUAUUACCAGACCGUGCAGUCGAAGAUACUGAUAUCACACAUGAUUUUACAGAACAGAUAAAUCACGUAGGGGACAAACUCUUUUCAUGCUCGGAAUGUGGAGCAUGUUUUACUAAGAAAUCGGAUCAGGUUGUACAUGAGAGAAUUCACACAGAAGAAACACCAUUUUUAGAACUGGAUGGUGGGAAAAGUUAUAUUCAUAGGUCUACUCUUGCAGAACAUCAAUGGAGUUACACAGAGGAGAUACCAUUUCCAUGUUCAGAAUGUGGGAUAUGUUUUACCAAGAAGCAGUGUCUUGUUGAUCAUCACAGAAUUCACACAGGAGAGAAGCUGUUUUCUUGUUCAGAUCACGAGAAAUGCUUUGCCCAAAAAUCAUGUGUCAUUAAACAUUACAGAAGUCACACAGGGGAGAAACCAUUUUUCUGUAUUGAGUGUGAGAAAUCUUUCACAAAAAAACUAAACCUUGUUAACCAUCAGAGAUUUCACACUGGUGAGAGGCAAUUUUCAUGUCCGGAAUGUGGGAAAUGUUUCAUAAAGAGGACAGGUCUUCUCGACCAUCAGAGGAUUCACACUGGUGAGAAACCAUAUUCAUGCACAAUAUGUGAGUCAAGUUUUACUAACAAAGCAGGGCUUGUUAGACAUCAUAAAAUUCACACUGGGCAGAAGCCAUUCUCAUGUUCACAAUGUGGGAAAUGUUUUGCCCAGAAAUCAAAUCUUGUUAAUCAUGAGAAAACUCACACGGGGGAGAAACCGUUUCCAUGUUCUGAAUGUGGGAAACUGUUUACUAAGAAAUCAAGUCUCAUUGAACAUCAGAAAAUUCAUAGAGGGGAGAAGCCGUUUCCAUGUGCACCUGGUGGUGUGGAGGGCAACUAUCGAGCGGGAAGGGGGGAUCGUGGUGCUGAUAAGCAGCCAGACACUCGAUGCCUCAUUGCCACUCGACGAUUGCCCCUUGGUGCCUAUAGAAACCCGAAUAAUUCGAAUUCAGCAUUCAAACCAUACGGCAUUAUCGUAUUGAACUCGAAGAUCCGCCUUGAUUCGGAUGUUGAUAUCAGUGGAGCAGAGAGAUGUGGAGCAAUAGAGGCCGAACCCAGCGGUGAGAAUCAGUGCAAGUAUCGUUAUGGACACCCGGGAGGCCCGAUCAACCUGAACCCAGGAAGGACUAAGGCAGCAGCACAGACAAGUGACCAGCACACGGAGGUCCAAGCUGUUGUCACUGUUUCAAAACUAAAGAAGGGCCCUCCCUGCUUAGCUCUUCUUCUUAUGAUGAGUGUCCCCUCCCCAACAGACCCACCGAGGAUGGACAAGGAGAAAAUCAAGAAGACCAAGCGGAUAUUAAAUCUUACACUGGAGAUCAUCUACCUGCUGACAGGAGAGGAUUACACAGUAGUGAAGAAGACCUCUGGUGACUGUGUGACCCCUAGUAGCUCUCCCCAGUCAGGAGAUUUGAACCUCAUCACAGAGAGUCCACCUCACUCACAGAUACCCCAGACGAACAAUGAGCAGAAAAUCCUAGAACUCACCAACAAGAUCAUUGAGCUACUGACUGAAGAGGAAAAGGAUUGUUUAAGAGGACGCAAAGAUGUCACGAAAAAGGCUAUACACAAAGAUGUCAUGGAAAAGAGAUGUCGGCCCCUCACAUCACCAGAUAGGACUCCUAAAGGAGCUACACCAGAGAGCAGUCCCAGUCCUUGUUAUAUUGAGGAUUGUGAACAGAUGAAUAGCAGUGACCCAUCAGUCCAUGAAGUUGGAGUCUCUACGAACAUCAAAGAUAAUGACUUCUUCAUUGUUAAAGUUGAAGCCACUGAGGAAGAUGAGAUGUAUAUGAAUGGCGGAAAACGGUGCAAGGAGGAAAGCAAUACUACGGAUAUCAGCAUAGAAGAAGGAUGCAGUGACAGCUCAGGUGGAUAUCUUGUAACUCCAGAUUCAGAAGCAGAAGAUGAUAUCAAUCAGGAUUCUGCAGGAAAAAAACUUUCCAACCCCAACAUACAUGCAGAACUUUCCAGUCAAAAUAUGUUUGAUGAUCCCUCUAAUUAUGAGGAACUUCCUGAUAAACAUGUUAAAAAAAGUAAAAGUCAUAAAGGAGUUGAAAUACUUCCAUGUUGCCAGUGUGGGAGGUUCUCCUCAUUUUCUUGUUCAAGUUGUGGUACAGAGGGAACGACUAUUAUUACACAUGAGGAAAUUAAGAAAAAAAAGCGUUCAUUUUCAUGUAACGAAUGCAGUAAAACUUAUACUCAUAAAUCACAUCUUGUACAACAUCAGAGAGUUCACACGGGUGAGAAGCCGUAUUCAUGUGAGGAUUGCGAUAAGUGUUUUUCAAGGAAAUCGCAUCUUGUUGAACAUCAGAGAACUCACACGGGGAAGAAACCGUUUACAUGUCCAGAAUGUGGGAAAUGUUUUAGCAAGAAAUCAAAUCUAAUUCAGCACAAGAGAAGUCACACAGGGGAGAAGCCAUUUUCAUGUUCAGAAUGUGGGAGGUGUUUCACAGUUAAAGGAAACCUCGAGAGACAUCAGAGAACUCACAGAGAUGAGAGAUUAUUUUCAUGUUCGGAGUGUGGAAAGUUCUUUUCCCAGAAAUCACAUCUUCUUGAACAUCAAAGAAUUCACACAGGGGAGAAGCCGUUUCAAUGUCUGGAUUGUGAGAAGUGUUUUAACGACAAGUCCGAUCUUGUUAAACAUCAGAGAGUUCACAUGGAGGAGCAAGAUUUCCAGCUUCCAUCUGAUGGGAUCUGGUCCCAUCAUUUGCAAUAAGUGUGUGAUCCUCACACAGACUGUUAAAGUGGAUGUAGGACUACUUUUUAAAGGGGGUGUAAAAAAAUGAGCAAAGAGCAGGUAAGUUAUAAAUAUUUUUUAAAAAGGCCUAUACUCACCUGUUCCAUCACUUGCUCCUCCAGUGGUCACAACUGGUCUCUGUUUACAUUCCUGCAGCGAUGAUGAGCCGUACAUGCAUAUGACCGCUGCAGCCAUUCACUAGCAUGUGACCAGUUAUUAGCGGUCUGAUGGAUGUACAUGAUAACAUCACUGCAGGAGAAAUAGAUAGGGAUUGGUGGGGAACACCCAAGCGGCAUGUGAUUAAACAGUAGAUAAUACGGCAGCCCUAUUAUUUGCCAAAUUUUUAAAUUCCUGAACAACCCCUUUAAAGGGCAUCUGUCAGCAGUUUUGUACCUAUAAGACUGGCUGACCUGUUGCAUGUGCACUUGACAGCUGAAGGCAUCUGUGUUGGUUUCUAUGUGCAUACGUUCUUGCAUUGCUGAGAAAAAGAAAGCUUUGAUACAGUAUAUGCAAUCGAGCCUCUAGGAGCAAUGGGGGCGUUACCAUUACUCCUAGAGGCUCUUCUCUCUCUACAACUGAUGCACCCUCUCCUUUUUGUUUAACAGGUCCAGGCAGUUUAAACAUAAUCACACCUGGCCCUGUCAAUCAAAGUGGAGAGGGCACCGCAGUUGCAGAGAGAGCUGAGCCUCUAGGAGUGAAGGCAAUGCCC